UCUCUAUCUGAUGUUCAGCUCGCCACUUUUCAUCCUUUUGGCAAAUGUUUUCCCUCUCAUUUCCUAUUGGUAAUUUUUCCUUUAGUAAAGAGGAUGUAGUAGGUGAGUUGAUGAUGAGGAAAAUGGAGAAAAGAAGAGGAAGAAGAAGAAGAAGAAGAAGAGAGAGAGAGAGAUAGAGAAGACAAUGAAGAAAUGGGUUUAGUGGAGGAUGGAGCAGUGAAGGAGGCAAAGAAGAAAAACAAGAAACAGAAGAAGAGGAAAAUGCAAAGAGUGUGGAGGAGAAGGUAGGUGUUGAGGCAGAAGACAUAUAAGAGGCAACAAAAGGGAUCAGUGAAAGUUUGUAUGUAGGCGACACAUCAAGAUAAGUUGUGUGGUUCCUCCAAAAGGACCAAAAAUACGUGCAACUUCUACACCCUCAGCCACAGGCAAUGAAGCAGAUAAUAUUGUGGUUGCAAGCAGUGCUGCACCACAGCAAGAAACAAUGAAGCUGAUGAUGAUGGGCUGAGUGCAAGAAGCAGUAAGAUGACGAGGAGGACCUGCUAUGAGUGUCAUAGAAAGAUCAUAUUUCUUCAGCUUACUCAAAGAAGCAAGCUGCUGAAACAAACCCCAUUGCAAGUUAAACAUUUGGGAAAUAUUCAACUCAGUAACCUUCAGAUUUUAUAGCGAUGGCUAAUUCCCUACUGAUAUUCAUUUGGUUUUUCCAUUCAUAUGCAGUUGCUGUUACAAUUUUGUAUUCUUAGUUUGUAUCUGUUAAAUCAGUUGAGUUCACAUAUUUGUCUAAAUUGAUUCUUUUUUUAAUUUUUUUUAAAAAUUUUUUUAAAGGAUCUUCUUUUGUAAAUUUCCUUUCAAGUAACCACAGUCGGUUAUUUAUUUCCUGAACUUAGCCUCUGAGAAAACUGCAGCAGGAAGAUAUCAGAUGAAGAUGCAAUCUCCUCUCUUUUUUAAUUCCUUGAUCAAAUUUUGAAAUGGUUUGAACUUACUGUUAGCGAAAUUUUCCUACAGCCUACAGAAAGCAUCAGUAACUGUGAUUUGGUCAAGACAUAGCAGAUUUUCGUUCUAAUUCUGUUUGAGGCAUUAGGGAAGUUGUGCAAGAUUUCUCAUGUCAACUCCAAGAAUAGGUGUCUCUCCUUCCAUCCUUCAAGGUUAUGACUAAUUCAGCUCAAGCAGAAAUGUAGAUUUGUGGAAUCCUCUCCUGAGAAAACUAGACUGCAACAAAACAAGGUGAAGCGUAGAUACAAAAAAACAGGAUGUGAAACAGAGAAUCUUAUCAACCAUUACAUGGAUCAAGAGGAAACAUGAAUACUAAAUUAUAUGAUACAUUAUCGGGAUACCGACCUUUUUAUUUCUUAUAGGCUAUAGCUCCAGCUUGGAGUUUCCUGGUUUGCAAAUAGGAAUCUUGAAAACUAGGAAACUGCCAAAUUGGUUUCCCUGAUUUUGGUUUCAUGGUUUCACGGGGUUGGCCUUUACUUGUACAUAAAAUGGAAAAUUUUGUCUUAAUUUUACCUUGGUCCGUGAACCGAUGGAGACAUUGUGCUUGGACAACAUGUUAAGAUUUGACCAUAAACUUAAGAUCAAUUAUCUCAGGAAUUUACGCUAUAACUGCCCAUUUGUCAUUCAAAUUACCUCAUUAGAUCAAGAUGUUUUCCUCAUUUUAUAAUAGUUAGCAACUUAAAUUUCCAAAAGACAAGGAUAAAGAAAAAUGGGGAUUUCAAUAAUGGGAAUAGAACUGGAUGCCAUUCAAAUUUCCUUGUGUUAUUUAUGUGUCUUGAAUUUUGAAACUAUUUUUGAUGGACCCAAAAAGUUUCAUGUUGCUGACUUAAACAGAAUAUUUUUUUGUCUUUUGCUAUAGUUUUGUAAGAAAUUCAGGAAAUACAGUGAGGUUAGAGUUUGAGAAUUCUAUGAGAUUGUAUUUUUUUUUUUUAUUUCAUCAUAGUAGAAUUUUUGUCUUUUAUCUCGUGUCUUGCUGGUAUACAUAAAUCUUAAUGUUGAAUCAAAUCUUGUGUUCAUUCUUCUUUUCUUCUUUAUAUUGAUUGUGCAAUGUGUGUGCCUAUUAUAUUUUUCCACUCUUAUUAUAUAUAUAUAUAUAUAUAUAUAUAUAUAUAACACAAUAGUAGGCUAAAUGCAAAUCAUAGUCAAAAUUUCAACACUGAACAACAUAGUGAGGAAUCAAAGAUUAUAUGGAAGCUUUAUCUAAUGACCAAACCUAUGGAGGAUGAUGAUUGAUGCAACUUCAAUAGUUUCCCUUUUUUGUUUGUCAGUGUUUGUCUCUACCCAAAAUCUAUGCCCUAUUCAAUUGCAGCAGUUCCCAUUAUUUUCCUCCAAGCUGUUCCCUCUAUUGCAGCAAGAUUUCUAUUAUUGUCUCUACCUGCUCAAAUUUCUAUGCCUCUAGUACUCUAAACUACUGAAAAUAUCAAUAUUUAAGGCUUUCUUGCCUCGUUGAGCAUUAUCUCUGUCUUCUACUCUGUUGCCAGUGCACCUCUAAGUAUCUUCAAGCUUUAUUGUUUUGCUUUCUUUAUUGUUAUGGCCGGCAAUUCCGAAGUUGGAACAGAAAUAAUGACACCACAGAAGUAUCAGGAUCCAGAAACCAGGCCUGGAACCAACAAGAAACAGAUCCAAGCACAACCAAAAUCUGAGAAAAAGGUAGCUGUUGUUUACUACCUAUCUCAAAAUGGCCAGAUUGAGCAUCCUCAUUAUGUGGAAGUAUCUCUAUCUUCUCCUGAAGGACUCUAUCUAAGAGAUGUGGUGAAGACACUAAACCUUCUUAGAGGUCAAGGCAUGGCUAGCAUGUUCUCCUGGGCUACAAAAAGGAGCUACAAGAAUAUAUUUUUAUGGCAGGACUUGUCAGAUGAGGACUUAAUACACCCAUGUCAAGGCCAGGAUUACAUUCUCAAAGGAUCACUACUCCUAGAAACUUCUCUAAGUUUUCGAUCCAAUGACUCGAUAUCAUCAUCAACCUCAAGACGUUCCUCAGAGAGGUUAACCACUAGCAGUGAGGACUCAAACUCUCCUGUCACUAGAAGGAAAAAUCAUUCAUGGAGUUCAAUUGAUGGCAUUGAUGAACACAGAAUUUACAAGGUCAAAUCCUCAGGAGAACUUACAAGAAAAGGUUCUAACAUGUCAACACAGACAGAUGACAAUCGAAGAAUGAAAAUGGAAAUUGAAGAAGUUGAACCUGAAGGACUAGAUAUAAAAUCUAGUUCAAAAGCUUCUGGGAACUUGGAAAGCUCUAUAGAGUUUUAUAGGCCAGCAAAUAUUAGAUGUCAGAAGGUUGGGAGAGAUCAUCAUUGUAACCAAAGAACGAAUGAACCGAAGCUUUUCAUGAAGUUGGUUGGAUGUGGAUGUGGAUCAAAAAGGUUCAAAGAUUUUCAGCAGAUGGAAAACAAGUACCGAUGAAAAAGGUUCAAAGAUUUUGAGGAUGCAAGUGAAGUUUCUCAAAAUUUAUUCUUAUAUUUUCAUUUCUAACAUGAAUAACAAUUCAAAAGAAGAAUGUGAUGUGUAAUUCUUUAUAUGCGUGUAAUUAUGUGCUGCAGUGGGUUUAAUUAUGAGUUUCUAUGUAAGAUUUGAAUGUGAAUAAAGGGAAUCAACUUUGUA